AUGAACGAUUUUAAUGUUGAGGAAGUUUUGGAGAAGUUAACCAUCUUCGAAAAGAUUGGUUUACUUGCCGGAAUUGACUUCUGGCAUACUUUUCCAGUUGAAAGAUUAGAUAUCCCAUCUUUAAGAAUGAGUGACGGACCCAAUGGUACUAGAGGUACCAAGUUUUUUGAUGGUGUUCCUGCUGCUUGUUUCCCAUGUGGAACUGGUUUAGCUGCUACUUUCAAUAAAGAUUUAUUAGUCAAAGCCGGUAAAUUAAUGGGUGUUGAAGCUAAACAUAAAGGUUCUCAUAUUAUCUUGGGUCCUACCACUAACAUGCAAAGAGGUCCUUUAGGUGGAAGAGGUUUCGAAAGUUUUUCUGAAGAUCCUUAUUUAGCUGGUCAAGCUUCAGUUAGUAUUAUUAAAGGUAUUCAAGACGAAGAUAUCGCUGCUACUAUCAAACAUUUCGUUUGUAAUGAUUUGGAAGAUCAAAGAAACUCCAGUGACUCAAUUCUUAGUGAAAGAGCUUUAAGAGAAAUUUACUUGGAACCUUUCAGAUUAGCUGUCAAAUAUUCUGAUCCAAAAUGUUUCAUGACUGCUUAUAACAAAGUUAAUGGAACCCAUGUUUCAAACAACAAGAAAAUCUUAGAUGACAUCUUAAGAAAAGAAUGGGGUUGGGAUGGUUUGAUCAUGUCCGAUUGGUUUGGUACUUAUACUACCAAAGCUGGAAUUGAAGCUGGUUUAGAUAUUGAAAUGCCUGGUCCAACCAUUCAUAGAGGUACUAACGCUGUUAAACACAUGAUUGAUUCAAAAGAAUUACACAUCUCAGAUCUUGAUGCUAGAGUCAAAAAUGUCUUGAAUUUAAUCAAAUUUUGUAAAACCUCAGGUGUGCCAGGAGGAGCUCCUGAAGAUACUGAAAACAACACUCCUGAAACUUCAAAAACUUUAUUAGAUGUUGCUAAAGAAUCAAUUGUCUUAUUGAAAAAUGAAGACAAUAUCUUACCAUUGAAGAAAGAUGAAAAAAUCGCAGUUAUCGGUCCUAAUGCCAAAUAUGCUGCUUAUUGUGGUGGUGGAUCUGCUGCUUUAAGACCUUAUUAUACUACUUCACCUUAUCAAGGUAUUGUUAAGAAAGCUGGUUCCGAUGUUGCUUACACUGUUGGUGCUUACGCUCAUAAAUCAUUACCAUCUUUAUCUAAUCAAUUAAUUAACCCAGAUACUAAAGAAACUGGUUACAAAAUGAAAUUCUUCAAGAAGCCUGCUGAACAUAAAGGUGAUAGAGAACAAUUUGAUGAAUAUGAUUAUGAUUUCUCAUUUGUUUUCUUAGCCGAUUACAAGAGUGAUAAAAUCGAUACCAGUUUAUACUAUGUUGAUAUCGAAGGUGAUUUCACUGCUGAAGAAGAUGGAGAUUAUGAAUUUGGUUUAACCGUUCAAGGUACUGCUUUGUUAUAUGUUGAUGGUAAAUUAAUUGUUGACAAUAAGACCAAACAAGAAAAAGGUGAAGCAUUCUUCAAUGCUGGAUCCACUGAAAAGACCAAUACUACUCCUUUGAAAAAAGGUCAAACUUAUAGAGUUAGAGUUGAGUUUGGAUCUGCCCCUACUUUUACAGCUAAAACUGAUGAUCAAGUUGAUUUCGGUGGUGGUGGUGGUUUAUUCUUCGGAUGUGCCAAAGUCAUUGAUGCCGAUGAAGAAAUUAAAAAAGCUGCUGAAUUGGCCAAAUCUGUUGAUAAAGUUGUUUUAUCCAUUGGUUUGAAUCAAGAAUGGGAAAGUGAAGGUUAUGACAGAGAAAAUAUGGAAUUACCUUUAAGAACCAAUGAUUUAGUUGCUGCUGUUUUAAAAGCUAAUCCAAACACUGUUAUUGUUAAUCAAUCAGGUACUCCAGUUGAGAUGCCAUGGAUCAAAGAUGCUAAGGCUUUAGUUCAAGCUUGGUAUGGUGGUAAUGAAGGUGGUAAUGCUAUUGCCGAAAUCUUAUUCGGUGAUUAUAACCCAAGUGGUAAAUUAUCAUUGAGUUUCCCAUUCAAAAACAUCGAUAAUCCAGCCUACCUUAACUUCAAAACUGAAGCUGGUAGAGUCUUAUAUGGUGAAGAUAUCUUCAUUGGUUAUAGAUACUAUGAGAAAUUACAAAAAUCAGUUGCUUUCCCAUUCGGUUUUGGUUUAUCAUUCACUGAUUACGAAUAUUCAAACUUGAAAGUUUCAGUUGAUGAAGCUAGUGAUAAAUUAGAAGCUUCAGUUGAUGUUAAGAAUGUUGGUAAAAUUGAUGGUGAUGAAGUUGUUCAAUUAUAUGUUAGACAUAAUGAACCAACAAUCAUCAAACCAGUUAAAGAAUUGAAAGGAUUUGAAAAAGUUUCCAUCAAAGCCGGUUCUUCUGUUACUGUUAAAUUUUCAUUAUCAUUAAAAGAUUCAGUUUCUUAUUUCAAUGAAUACCAUAAUAAAUGGCAUGUUGAAAAAGGUGAUUAUGAAGUUCAAGUUGGUAAAUCAAGUGAUGAUAUUGAAUUAAUUGAGAAAUUCGAAGUCACCAAAGAAAAAUUCUGGUUAGGUUUAUAA